CUCUCUCUCUAGAAAGGCAUUCCAGUCUCAGUCCUCAGACCCUUCGCCAGCCUUUCUGAGCUCAUACAGGAAGAAGAACAAUACAAGAAAAAAAACAGUUUGGCCUCGAAAUCCAUUGCCGAAGAACGGUUUGGCCUCAAUCCUCGAUUCUCCGUGCUCUGUGUUUGUCUUUGUUUGGAUGGAUCCUCCCUGACGAUCAUCUGUUUCCAUCCAUCCAUCGUGCAUCAUCAUCCUCUUUGGUGGUGGUUGUUGCGUCGCUGAUCAAGACUUGAACUGCGUCGUUGAUCCCGGGAACUCCGGAGACUCCCUUGGGAUACUAGCCAUCGUUUCGAAACAUGAAAUUCUAUCUGGAACGCGGGGAACGCAGCCACUACAUUUAGUUUCCAGGACCGAGGCCAUCAUGUCGGGUUCGCCCUUCACUCAAACCUUGCAAGGUUUGGACCGUUUGCAAACGGGGAUCAAGCCCUUCCAAGAUGAUCCAAAUACGACCGAGGACGACGAGGCCCCACCCCAUUUUGGCCAGCCUUAUGCACCCAACGAUCCCUGGCGUGAACCCCGCCGACAUCAGGCAGGGGCGGGCCACCAUAGUCCCGAGGAUCAGGGCCCACCUGGAGAUUUUAUUAUUCAUUCAGUGCCGGAAAGCAACAAGUCUCGUUGGAGUCACAUCGAUGACCUCGAUUCCUUUUUCAAAAGGGUGUACGAGUAUCAUCAACGACAUGGAUUCUACGUCAUGAUCUGCGAGGAUGUCCUCAAACUGGUCAAGUUUGUGUUUGUGGUCGUGAUUGCCGUGGUAAUUUUCGAAUGCGUCAACUAUCCCGUACUGUUCAAAAACGAGCAGCCCUCCCGACCCGAUUGGCAUGUCGGGGACAAGAUCACGCCCAGUGAUAUCUUCCUCCGCUCGGACCAGAUCCAAUUAUCCGGCCUCACUCUCUUGGGCCUUUUGUUGGCUUGUGUCUUUUGGUUGACCAAGGUGGGAGCCACGGCCUACCAUUUCUUUCAAUAUUGGGAUAUCAAGAUGUUUUUCAACGAGGCCUUGCGUGUGAGUGACGACGAGUUGAGCUCAGUCUCGUGGCCCGAAGUGCAAAAGCGGAUAAUCAAGGCCCAGUCGGAAUACCUCAUGUGCAUUCACAAAGACCACCUGACCGAGUUGGACAUCUAUCAUCGUAUCCUUCGUUUCAAAAACUAUUUCGUGGCCAUGGUGAACAAAGAUCUGUUGCCCGUGGAGAUUCAGAUCCCGUUUCUGGGAGCGAAAACUGUACUCAGCCAAGGGCUCAAGUAUAACUUGGAGUUCCUGUUCUUCAAAGGACCUUGGGCCACGUUCAAUCAGUGGCACUUGCGUGACGAGUACAAGAAGACCAGCCAGAAGAAAGAGUUGGUGGACAGUCUCCAGAAGAAGAUCGCUUUUGUGGCCUUGGGUAAUCUGAUUUUGAUGCCCGUGAUUCUGCUUUGGCAAGUGCUCAAUAGCUUCUUCAGCCACGCUGAGCUCAUCAAGCGGAAGCCCGAACUCUUGUCUAAUCGAACUUGGAGCCUGUACAGUCGGUUCUACCUGCGCCACUUCAAUGAACUCGACCAUGAGUUCCAGGGCAGACUCAAUCGGGCAUACAAACCCGCCACCAAGUACAUGGAUUUGUUCUCGAACCCGCUUCAUGCGGUCAUUUUUGGAUUCUUCCGCUAUAUUUGUGGGGCCAUUAUGGGGAUUAUCUUGGUCCUGAUCUGUUACGAUGAAGACGUCAUGGCUGUGGAGCAUGUCUUGACUCUGUUGUCGAUCCUGACGUUCGCCGUUAUCUUCAGUUCCUCGUUCAUCCCCGACGAGAAUCUGGUGUUCAACCCCGAGAAGUCCCUCACCGCAGUUCUGGCCCACGUGCAUUACUUUCCAGAAACCUGGAAGGGUCGAGCCCACACCCACGAGGUCAUGGGCGAACUGGGAGAGCUAUUUCCAUUCAAAGCCGAAUAUCUAAUUGGAGAAUUGUUCUCGCCAAUUCUCACCCCGUUCAUCUUAUUCUUCAACCUCCGACCUAAAGCUCCUCAAUUGGUGGAUUUCUUUCGCAAUUUCACGGUGGACGUGGUGGGUGUAGGAGAUGUGUGCAGUUUCGCUCAAAUGGAUGUCCGUAGACACGGAAAUGCAGAGUGGCAAACCGCCAUCACGGAAGACACCCCCGCUAAAACCAAUCAUUACACCCAAGCUGAGGAUGGCAAAACCGAGAUGUCCUUGGUUCACUUUACUUUGACCAACCCUGAUUGGGUUCCCCCAUCAGAAUCAACCAACUUUAUAGCUGCUCUCCGCGGCCAUGCCGCAAAAGAUGCCGAGGCCUUAGCCACCGUUCAGGAGGAAGCCCUCGAAGAGAAUUCCUUGUACAAUUCAUUAAAUUCGAUGGAUGCCGCCGGCGGUCUUUAUUCAAGCAUCGCCAACGAAAUGUUAGGCGAUGCUCGUCACGUUCGAAUGGUGGGUCCUUCUGGUUCUCCUGGAGCCAUGUUCCUUCAAAGCACGCGAUCUCCCAACGGAGAUGAACUGGAGGGUGGAGAGCAAUACGUGGAGGGGAGUCUCUAUCAAACCCGUACAGGAAGCAUGCUUGAAAGUGUUCACCAAGGCCUGGUUGCAACCACGGGAGGAACGGGACGGAGCUCGAUGAUGAUCUCCUCUCACUUCCGACCCAAUCAGUCUCAGUUACUCAAUUCAAGACUCGUAGGCCCGGCAGCCUCCACAUUGAUGCCCACGCCUAACUUGGGCAAGGACCUGAGGCGUUUGGGUCUGGAGUACAUCGAGGCUGACAUGUCAUUUUCGGCCCUCUAUCUGCACGAACUUCAUCACCGAAUGGCCGGGGGAGGUCUGGGCUCGACAUCUCAAACGACAACCUCGACCAUACAGAGUAACCGAAGAAAUUUGGCCGAAGCCUCCAGAUACGAGUUUCAAAGAGGCAAUUCGUUGAAUGAACUGGAUGAGGAAUCUCUUCCUUUGGUGGAUGUGGGUGAUAAUCAUCAUGGCCCGCUUUUAGGAUCCUCUUUGCCCUCAUGAGCUAACCAAGUGAGCAAGUUGCUGAGCCGACAUUUUGUCCUAGGUCUCUUCACCAAUCCCGUUAGGCUUUUUUCCAUUUUCUUGAGAAAUGAUUCCAUCAUUCCGUGAUGCUGGUUGUUAGAAUUUUCAGAAUUUUCGCAAAUAGUGGGAGAUCCUCGGACUUCAUACAAAAGGAAAGAGAAGAAACCUAACCAUGUUGUGUUCUCUACUUGUAAUUAUGAAAAGUCAAUAAUCUAGGUACUGAUCAAAAACAUAACCUUGGCUAGAUCACAGAUGCGGUCGAUAAUUUUCCACCGGCAAACGGGUUUACUGCAACCGAACACAAGAUCCAACAAUAUAUCACACCACAAACCAAUAUACUACGGACUAUAUUGAAUAAUAAACAAAACUAUGUUUUCAAA